GUGUGUGAAUGUAAUGGAAACAACCAUCAGGUAAAUCACAGAGAAAAACAUAAUCAGCACUGGAGGAGCUUAAAGUUGAUCAUAGACCCUGCAUUAAAGAAUGGAUUUUAUAAAGCGUAUCGUUACGAUGGGCAACAUUUCAACAUGCCAGUGAGUAAAUAGAUUUUUUGGUUUUUACCAGUUGUAUUCAUCUUUCAAACUCUUAUUUGUAGGCUACUUAUUGAAUGUUGUUAGAGAUACUAGCCCUUGGCCUAAACUUUCUUUCGACAACACAAAGAGGUCUGUCAAUCCUGGAGCCGACAAGGUGAAAACCUGUCACUGUUCCCUUGAGCAAGGCACUUAACCCCAAUUGCUCCUGGGUUGCUGGACAAUGGUGACCCUGGCCAUGAUCACACUCCCUGCGGGUGUCUCAGGGGAAGUUGGGAUAUGCAAAAAUCACAUUUCCAUUACACACUUGUACAAGUGUGUAACAAGACAAAUAUAAGCACCUCCCAAAUUAUUAUUAUUGAUGUAUACUGAAUCAGGUUCAGGAUCCCAGAAUCUGUCGUCUUUGGACCAAAUUCAGAGACACUGACCAGCUGGUCCCCACAUUUAGGUUAACAACCCUUUCUCUGUGAUGACAUUCAUGUGAGAAACAAUCUCUGAUCUUACAUAAUAAUAAUUGUUUACCAACUGACAAUCUUUGUUAUCGGAUUUACAUUUAUAGAUUGAUGUAUGCUAUGUCAGCCCUCCCAAGGAAGUGACGUUUGCCAGGUUAAAUGACAAUGUAAGGGAGGGUUUCUUGUCUACCACGUGUAAAAGUAUGGACAGAUUGAGGAAGUUGAAAUCUCGUAUAAUCCUAAAAACAAGAAUAAUUUAGGAAUUGCUAAAGUAAUCUUCGACAGAGUCAAGUCUGCAAAGGACACCGUGGAUCACCUUCAUGACACCUCUGUCAUGGUGAACAUUAUGCAUGUGGAGCUUUAUCCAAAA